GGCAUUUCGUUUGCUGUUUUUCAAUCGCUCAUUGAAAACUUCAGAUACUCCGCCCGGAUAAAGCGGCGGGCAAUUCAACCCAAAGCGACGGAAAACUUUCGCCACUUUGUUCAACCCCAUGACUUCAACAGAGAACAUGAGAGCCAUUGUUCUCUAUGAUUACGAAAUAGCCGGCGACGGUAAUUGAUAUUUAAGAAAUAUUAUCUUUGACCCCCGAUUUUCUAACAACCUCGGUCAUACAUAUAGAUGAGUUGCCGUUAAUGCGAGGCGAGUAUGUCAAUGUAUUAGACAAGCUCGACGACAGCGGUUGGUGGCAAGGCAAAAAUGAAGCUGGCCACACUGGAGUGUUUCCUUCCAAUUAUGUACAAGUACUUGACAAUCAAUCACCACCUGCCCGACCCAUGCGCGCUCGACCACCUACUAUCAAAAUGGAAUCCAGCGCAUCCGUGAAAGAGGGACCUUUAUCGCCUUCGCUUGCUCGUCCACCUCCCGUUCCCUUGACAACACGCCCUACUUCCUUGCUAACGAGUCGAGGGUCGCCUUCUUCCGAUGCAUCAUCGACAUCGGCAGCGCGGCCAAUUACCACUCCACCACGUCCUACCACUUUGCCCCCUGUGCCUUCUCGACGAUUCAAUUCCACCAUUUCCACCGAUCCAAAAAAGCCCACAGGAGGUGUGCCAAUCUUUGCUCCGGAUCUACCUCCCAUUACAUCACCCAUCAAGCAGAGACCGUCACAAGAACUUCCCGAUUUACCACCUGCUCGACCCACUCGACCCGUGCCUGCGCCGGCAGCCACCACCUCCUCCGUAUUGUCUACCGAGAAAUCGCAUACUGAAAACGACCACCCCAGCCGACCAAGCAUGGCUAAAGUACCCAAGGUAUGUAUCUUUUUUUUUGUUUUUGUGCAAUCGUUGUCAUUCCAUCGCUGCUUUAAAACAUGGCUCCCAAUUUUAACCAUGGUCACCGCUUAUGUAGAGUUUCAUGGCGAAACAAGCGCAAGGAAAUCGUAAGUGAAAGGCAGAGUGCUUUGCUUGGCUACUAUUGUCCGUUGCGAUGACUAAUCAUGUGGAAUUUCAACAGCUGUUCCUCCGCUACGCACUGAAUCG